ACGUCAUGAUCACAUGACCUACAUUGAAGUACAACAUGUCUGCAUUGUAAACAGUACUGCAAAUAUGUCUCUAGAAUACAAGACUAUCACAUAAUAUUCUGCAAUCAACGUUAGCCUGCGUAAGGUCAACACAGAUGAUGAAGAUGCAGACUGCUGCACGAUUCAGGUCUCAGUUGUGGAGUCUGAAGAUGCCUAGCCUCUGUCACAGAAGCUUUGCUGCCAUCUCCACUUACAAAGCUGUCAUUUUUGACAUGUAUGGAGUUCUCAUUCCGUCACCUGUCAAAUUGGCAACAGUGUUUGAACAACAGAACAGUGUUCCUCUGGGCACGCUGGGCAAGGCCAUCAGGACAGGUGGGGAGGUGAACACGUGGAAGAGGUUCAUGCGUGGAGAGAUUGGGGCUGAGGAGUUUGUGGAGGCCUUCGGCAGACAGUGCAGUGAGAUAGCAGGAAGUCCUGUUCCCAUUGGCUCAUUCUUGUCUAAUCUGACCAGUGGGCCAAUGACCAGGCCUCUACCCGUCAUGAUGGAGGCCAUUUUGUGUGCUCGCUCCAGGGGCCUGAAGACUGCUGUCCUCAGCAACAACUUCCUCCAGCUUAACGGUGACCCCUUCCUGCCUCUGGACCACUCUCUCUUCGAUGUGAUAGUUGAGUCGUGUAGGGAGGGCCUCAGUAAGCCAGACCCUAGGAUCUACCACCUGUGCCUGAACAGACUGGGUGUCUCUGCCCAUGAGGCUGUGUUUCUGGAUGACCUGGAGUUAAACGUUGAGGCAGCUGCCCAGCUAGGGAUGCAUGCUAUCAAGGUAGGGGACAUUGCAGCGUCAGUGAAGGAGCUGGAAGGGGUGCUGGGGAUCCCCCUGUCAGGGUUUGUUCCUGGGCCUGGUUCUGCCCCUGGGGCCACAAAGCUCCCUAUGGACCAACUCACACAGUACCUGAGGAAGGCUCUCCAUCUGUCUGACAAAG